UGACGUCAGUCAACAUGGCGGCUCCCAGGCCCGUCUCAUGCUGACGGUUAGGCUCUAAGUUCAGUGUUUUUGUUCAUUAUUAUAGUUUUUCUGUGUAUAUUAUGGGUCUUUAUUAACCCAACAGUUGUUAUUAUUUGGCGCCAUGUUGGCAUUGAUGGUUGCCAGGUUGGGAGCAGCUUCCCGGAGGAAGGUCAGGGGUCUGGGGUCUCUGGGCCGGGGACUGGCCACCGACCCCCCCGGCUCCCCGGACGCUGCUGCGGCCGAAUCCCCCGCUCCUCUCCCGGACAGCGAGCCGGCUGCGGAGCGGCGGAGAGCCAGGAAGGACCCCCGCGGCAGCUCCGUGCUGCUGUUCCCCGGCCAGGGCAGCCAGUUUGUGGGCAUGGGGAGAGGGCUCCUGAAGUACCCGAACGUCAGGGAGAUGUUCUCGGUGGCCCAGCAGGUCCUCGGGUACGACCUGCUGGCUCUCUGCCUGCAGGGACCCGAGGACCAGCUGCGGGAGACGGUCCACUGCCAGCCCGCAGUCUUCGUCACCUCGCUGGCUGCCGUGGAGAGACUCAACCACGAGAACCCCAAGGCCAUUGAGACGUGUGUUGCUGCUGCAGGUUUCAGUGUUGGAGAAUAUGCUGCGCUGGUUUUUUCUGGUUCCAUGAACUUUGCAGAAGCUCUGUAUGCGGUGAAGGUCCGGGCCGAGGCCAUGCAGGAAGCCUCCCAGCUGGUUCCCAGUGGCAUGCUGUCGGUCACUGGGAGACCUCAGGCCCAGUAUAAAGCUGCCUGUCUGCAGGCUGAAGAGCACUGCAGCAGCCUGGGCAUCAAGGAGCCCGUCUGCUCCGUGGCCAACUACCUGUUCCCUGAUGGACGCGUCCUCGCAGGGCACCAACAGGCUCUGGAGUUCCUGCAGCAGAACUCUGGACAGCUGCAGUUCCUGAGGACCAAAGCUCUGCCAGUCAGCGGGGCGUUCCACACCGAGCUGAUGGCGUCGGCCGCUGAAGCUCUCAGGAAGGUGCUGAGACAGGUGGAGGUGCGUCGUCCUGAGAUCAACGUGUACUCCAACGUGGACGCUAAGCGCUACAUGAACGCUGACCAGGUGCGGCGGCAGCUGGUGAAGCAGCUGGUGGCGCCGGUGAAAUGGGAACAAACUCUGCACGAGAUCUACGAGAGGACGCAGGGAACCAAGUUCCCCGACACCUACGAGGUGGGCCCGGGGAGGCAGCUGGGCGCCACGCUGGUCAAGUGCAACAGGAAGGCCUUCAUGACGUACGCUAACGUGGAAGUUACUGCUGAUGAAGAGGAUGAUGAUGAUGUGGAGGCCAAAAAAUGAGCCUCAUGGACAUAACCAGCAAGACCUGCAGGCUCCUGUGGUUGCUUCAUCAGCUCUUGUUUGUGUGUUAUUGUUAUUGUUAUGUAAUUAAAUAUUUUUUAUGA